UCAGGUCCCUCGAAGCCUGGCCGCGUUCGCCAUGCCGAACCGCAAGGCCACCCGGAAUGCCUACUACUUCUUCGUGCAGGAAAAGAUCCCUGAACUGCGGCGGCGAGGCCUGCCGGUGGCUCGCGUGGCGGACGCCAUCCCCCACUGCUCUGCUGAUUGGGCGCUCCUGAGCCAGGACGAAAAGGAGAAGUACGCAGACAUGGCUCGAGCAUGGAGAGCCGCCCAGGGAAAGGACUCGGGACCUCCAGAGAAGCAGAAACCUGUUUGCACCCCACUGAGGAAGCCAGGCAUGCUUGUGCCGAAGCAGAAUGUUUCGCCACCGGAUAUAUCAAGCUUGUCUCUAAAAAAUGAUCAAGCUCUCCUUGGAGGCAUUUUUUAUUUUUUGAACAUUUUUAGCCACGGCGAGCUGCCUCCUCACUGUGAACAGCGCUUUCUCCCUUGUGAAAUAGGCUGUGUGAAAUAUUCUCUCCAAGACGGUAUCAUAGAGGACUUCCACAGUUUCAUCACUCCUGGUGAAAUUCCACGAGGAUUUCGGUUUCAUUGUCAGGCUGCAAGUGAUUCUAGUCACAAAAUUCCUAUUUCAAACUUUGAAUCUGGAUGUGACCAAGCAACUGUGCUGCAAAACCUUUACAGGUUCAUUCAUCCAAACCCAGGGAAGUGGCCACCCAUCUACUGUAAGUCUGAUGACAGAGCCAGAGUCAACUGGUGUCUGAAGCACAUGGAGAAGGGGUCAGAAAUCAGGCAAAAUCUGGAGCUUCUCACUGUGGAGGAUCUUGUAGUGGGGAUCUACCAGCAAAAGUUCCUCAAGGAGCCCUCCAAGACCUGGGUUCGCAGCCUCCUCGACGUGGCCAUGUGGGAUUAUUCUAGCAACACAAGGUGCAAGUGGCAUGAGGAAAAUGACAUUCUCUUCUGCGCUCUGGCUGUCUGCAAGAAGAUUGCGUACUGCAUCAGCAACUCCCUGGCCACACUCUUUGGGAUCCAGCUCACAGAGGCCCACGUGCCCCUGCAGGAUUAUGAGGCCAGCAGCAGGGUGACACCCAAGAUGGUCAUAUUGGAUGCAGGGCGGUACCAGAAGCUAAGGUUUGAGAACUCAGGAUUCUCUCAUUUCAACUAUUCUAAUCAGGAACCAAGAUCAAACACACCCACUGGUGACUACCCUUCGGGGGUGAAGAUUUCCGGCCCGAACAGCAGUGUGCGGGGAAGAGGGAUCACGCGCCUGCUGGAGCGCAUCUCGGGCGCCUCCAGCUGUGAGGCCGCGCUCUCCCCGUCCCUGUCCCCGAAGGGCGGCUACAAGCCCUUCUCCUCCCUGUCUUAAUGAUGUGCUUCAGCUCUGAACCAAUAGCCAGCCCUCCCCCGAUUGCAGCCCGGACAGCAGAGCACGUCCCUGGUACAUGCACCCUCUGAAACGGCCUGCCUUGUACAGAAAUUCUGUUUUAUAGAGUAAAAGUAAUUGUGGUUGGAGAAGAUUUUGGCAUUUUUGCUUUUUUCUCAAGGGCUUGCUCUGCUUCCUGACUGUAACAGGAACGCCCUGGAAGGUUCACUCCCAGGACCAUCCUGCCCUUUCAGAGGAGUGCUUUGUGGUCAUCUCCUCCUCCACAGCCAGGCAUCGGAUUUCUGUAUGAGAGGUGUUAAGAUAGUGUUGCUGUGUUUUUCCCCCUUAUGACGUGUAGAACCUUUCUCUUGAGACCUGCUGGCUAUUUUCAUUGCAAAUAUCUAAAAAAAAAUUGUCUUUAAUAAAAACAGUUUUGUUA